ACCAGCGAGCAAGAUGGCUACACGUCCCGUGUCGAGUCCGGGGCGCGCCGUAGAUUAGAAAGUCCGACGCAGUCCGAUCGAUUUGAUAAAACGCGAUCAAACAGCCGGUUGACAUGUCGUCGAGCGGCAAAUGGGAUUUGUCCCGUGAGGACAUUAGAAGUGCUGCGAACGACGAAAAGGAGCUGUUGCUCGAGCAUGACAGCGAUCAGGAUGAAAAUAUGCUCUUUAAUCGACCGAGCACGUCAGCGGGGGAGACGCAAGGUGAUGGGAAGAUGAGCAACGUCAGAUUGCAAAUUCAAGAAGUGACCGAGGUGAUGCGGGAGAACGUGCAGAAGGUGAUGGAGCGUGGUGAAAGACUGGAGGAUCUUCAGGAAGCCAGUGAUCGUUUGAACGUGACUGGGAACGAGUUCAGGGCGACGGCGAAGAAAGCUCAGCAGAAAGCCUGGUUACAAAAUUUCAAGACCAGGAUCAUACUCGUCGCGAUCACUGUCACGGUCGUCGUUUGCAUCAUUGUUCUGGACAUCAUGGUGCUUUACCUGGUUCUCAGAUAACGAACACGGUGUAGCGAGCUUCGAUCGUUCGAUCCCAGUAUCCAUCGUCGUGAAAUAUUCGUGACCGAGGCCGCACGCAGACUGAAACACAGCUCGCGCAUUUCCUCAGUGAAUUCGUAUUGUAUAUUUGUACCUGUCUUUCAUGGAUUAUUACAUAGAUAUAUAUAUAUAUAUAUAUAUA